AUGUGCGGUAUUGUCGGUAUUGUUCUCGGUGACCAGACCCAAUUGGCCUCGCCAGAACUUUUCAACGCCUCAAUGAUCCUCCAGCACAGAGGUCAGGAUGCUGCUGGGAUGGUGACCAACGGUAAUGGGGGUCGUUUGUACCAGUGUAAAGGUAACGGGAUGGCUCGCGAUGUCUUCACCCAAAAGAGAAUGACCGGGUUGAUUGGCAACAUGGGGAUUGCCCAUCUUCGUUAUCCAACCGCCGGCUCUUCGGCCAACAGUGAAGCCCAACCAUUCUACGUGAAUAGUCCGUAUGGGAUCACCCUUUCUCACAAUGGUAACUUGGUCAAUGGGAGUUACCUCAAAGAAUACUUGGACAAAGAAGUCCAUCGUCACAUCAACACCGACAGUGAUUCGGAAUUGUUGUUGAACAUCUUUGCCGCCAAGUUGCAGAAUUACAACAAGGCCAGAGUCAACAACGAAGAUAUCUUCAACGCUCUCAAAGGGGUGUACCAAGAAUGUCGUGGGGCCUACGCUUGUACCGGGAUGAUUGCUGGGUACUGUGUGUUUGGUUUCAGAGACCCUCAUGGUAUUAGACCAUUGUUGUUUGGCGAAAGAACUCAUCCAGAAACCGGGGUCAAAGAUUACAUGCUUGCUUCGGAAUCCAUUGCUUUGGAAGCCGCGGGUUUCACCAACUUGCGUGAUUUCAAGCCUGGUGAAGCGGUGAUUAUUCCAAGAGAUACCAUGGUCCCAGAGUUCCGUCAAGUUGUCCCUGCGAAAACUUUCACUCCAGAUAUCUUUGAAUACGUUUAUUUUGCCAGAACUGACUCGAUUCUCGAUGGGGUUUCCGUGUACCGUUCACGUAUCAAGAUGGGGGAAAAGUUGGCCCAAAAUAUCAAUCGUCAAUUUGGUGGUCUCGCCAAAGAAAACAUCGACGUGGUGAUUCCUGUCCCAGAUACCGCCCGUCAUUCGGCCCUUGCUUGUGCUGGAGAAUUGGGGAUCCCUUACAGAGAAGGGUUCAACAAGAACCGUUAUAUUGGUAGAACCUUCAUCAUGCCAGACCAAAAAGAACGUGUUUCCUCGGUACGUCGUAAACUUAACGCGAUGAGUCUUGAAUUCAAAGACCGUAACGUCUUGCUUGUCGAUGAUUCGAUCGUCAGAGGGACCACCUCGAAAGAAAUUGUCCAGAUGGCUAGAGAAGCCGGGGCUAAAAAAGUGUUUUUUGCUUCUUGUGCCCCACCAAUUAGAUUCAACCAUAUUUAUGGGAUUGAUUUGGCCGACACUAGAGCCCUUGUGGCUUAUAACCGUGACGAUGAACAAGUUUCUAAAGAGAUCCAUGCCGAUAGGGUUUUCUACCAAGAUUUGGAAGAUUUGAAAGAAGCUUGUAAAUACGCGGGAGUCGACGAUUUUGAAGUCGGGGUGUUCACCGGGAAAUACAUUACCGGGGUCGAAGACCGUUAUUUGCAAGAAUUGGAAAAAGUCAGAGCCCAGAAUCAAAGAAUCAAAGAAAUUGCUGCUCGUAGAGAAGCCGCUGAAGCCGCAGGGGAAUCUACUGCCAUUGGAUUUGAUGAUGUUAUGGAUGUUAGUGCUAAGGCUGCCGAUACUGAUAUUGGGUUGUAUAAUGUGGGUGAUUAUCAAUAG